AUGAACAAAAUAUCGGAUGGUGAAGAGGAGCUCUGCGUUUGCCCGAGUUUCAACAGCUAUUCGGCAGAUAGGAUUGCAGAAAUUGCUAAUGAAUUCACCGGACUUAACACAAACGACGCUUUAGAAGAUGAGAACUAUGAUGAUGAUUUUGAGUUUGCUUUGGUAGGUGAAAACCAAAGGUUUUCGGCUGAGGAAUUCAUCUAUGGAGGCCAAAUCAAGCAAGUGUUUCCCGUAUUUAACCGCGAUCUUUUUGUAAGUUAUGACGAUUUUGAUAAAGGUUUGUCUGAUGAAGGAGUGGAGAGUAUUAGCAUUCCAUUGAAGGAGAAGUUUAUGGAAAAUCGCGAGAAGGAGUAUCCUUCAUCAUCCUCAUCGGAUGCCGAUGAAUUGGAGAUUAUACCGUCGGGAACUUACUGCGUAUGGAGGCCUAAAGUCUCUAAGUCAUCGCCGAGUCAGUGUAAAAAGAGCAAGUCCACCGGAUCGGGAUCGGCAUCGAAGCGGUGGAAGUUUCGAGAUUUGCUCCGACGAUGCAACAGCGAGGGGAAGGACUCUUUAGUCCUUUUAACACCCAAACACAAAGAAGAAAAACCAAAAGAAAUUGAAAAUUCAAAAAAUUCAACUGCGAAGCGAGUCGUCUCCGGCGAGAAAUCGGUGGCGAAAUCACCUCACGAAGCAUUGUAUGUACAGAACAGAACAAUAAGGGAAGGUGAUAAGAAAAAAUCGUAUUUACCCUACAGGCAAGACCUGGUAGGAUUUUUCCCUAUCGCCAAUGGAUUGGGCAGGAGGAGUUUUCCAGCUUUCUAG